ACGCCGUUUCGGCACGAAUCCAGUAGAAAGUGGGGAAAAAGGGAAAGCUUCCUCUGCACUUUCUUUUUUAAAGCCUUUGAUUCCUCGGGUCUGCUUGUACGGGCACUAGUGGACAGCUCUUCUUGCGAGGGACAACAGCGAAACCAGUCGUAGCAGAAAGUUUUUAUUUCACAUUAAAAAGAAAAAAAUAGGAAAUGAAUGAAAAGAAUUAGGACUAAAUAAAUAGAAUGUUUAGAGUUGCGUAAUUGUCUAACGAGGUCAUAACCAACGAUGAAAAUUUAAUUGAUUAAAAAAUAAUCAUAUUUCUUUGACAGUAAAGGAACCCAACAAAAGGGAUAAUUUGCGAACAAUUUGAACUAGGCUUUUUAUGAGGAAAAUACUUUGUGAAGUUGAACAUACCAACCAUUUGGCUAAUUGGACAAUUGAAAUAAUUGACCGCUAGUAAAACCACACAAUAGAACAGUUUCAUUUUAACCUUUUCAACGUUAACGCAAAAAGCCAACGAUGCUUUUGGAAAAAAUUGUCAAAUACACCGAGGAGUUAGAGGAUCCAAAAAACCCUUUGUUAGGACCGACAUUGAAAGGCCUGUAUUUAUUUGGCCUCUGGCCGAUUGGGAGUAAGUUCAGGACGAUUGUUUACAAUUUAUUUCAUUUUACAACAUUACUUUUUGUAAUAAGCGAAUUCACUGAUCUCUAUGUUGUCAGACAUGACAGCAACAAAGUUUUGAACAACAUGUCACUGACAGUUCUUAGCUUAAUUUGCUUUGCAAAAUGUUAUUCUUGCGUCAUGUGGCACAGCGAUUGGAAGGAGCUCGUUCGAGGUAUUUCUGAGGAGGAAUUACGACACAUUCAAAAAGACGAUCCCGUAACAAGAAAACAUAUGGAAGAUUACACGAGGUACACAAGGGUAAUCACAUUUAUGUUUUGGGUGAUGGUAUUCAUAACAAAUUUUCUUUUGAUAUUAACUCCUUUGUUGAAAUAUGCGUCAUCUCAUUCUUACCGCGAGGAGAUACGCAUGGGGAUUGAACCAUUACCCCAAAUUCUAUGCUCCUGGUUCCCGUUUGAUAACACGAAGAUGCCUGGCUAUGUCGGAGGUAUUAUCGUUCAUGUGAUUAUGGGUAGCCAAGGUUCGGGAGUACUGGCUGCCUACGACAUGAACUCUGUUGCAAUUAUGUCUUAUCUUAAAGGACAGAUGAUUAUUCUUAGACAUAAAUGUAUAAGCUUAUUUGACGAUGUUACUUCGACCGAAGAUGUAUUAGAAAGAAUUAAAGAGUGUCAUCGUCAUCAUAACGCAAUACUCAAACACUUCUUGCUGUUCAACUCCCUGCUCUCUCCUACCAUGUUUAUAUAUGUGCUGAUGUGUUCCAUAACCAUUUGCGGCAGCGUGGUCCAGUUUGCUUCUAAAGAAGCCACUGCGUCACAAAAAUUGUGGGUUAUUCAGUACACUUGUGGAUUAGUUUCGCAGCUGUUUUUGUACUGCUGGCACAGCAACGAAGUUACACUGCAGAGCAGAGUGGUAGAUGGAGGAAUCUACAAUAGCAACUGGUGGAAGAGCGAUGUAAGAGUGCGCAAACAACUAAUAUUAUUGGCGGGGAAAUUGAAUCAUCCAUUAGUGUUGGACGCUGGUCCUUACACCACACUCUCUGUACCUACUUUCAUUGAAAUAAUGAAAGGCUCCUAUAGUUUCUUCACGCUUUUCUCACAAAUUCAAGAAGAUUAACUUUCGAUUGUUAGAUUGUUAUUCACGAUUCAAUUUUCUAACAGAACAUUUGCCGGUAAUGUUCAUUCUCAUUUUAUUAUUAUAAGUAUAAAUGCGAAAGUCACUCUGUCUGCCUGUCUUUCUAUCGCACUUCCACGCCAAAACUACUGAAAUGAUAACAAAUAAAAAAGCCACAGGGGACUUCGAGCAGUAGUAUCGUAGGGACAAGUGCAAAACCGCGGCAAAUGGCUUGUUGGCCAUAAAUACGAUAAUUCACGCUGUUUUCAUUUUAAUUAAAUUAUGCUUGUAAUAUUCAAAUUUAAUAUGCGGCACUUUCGUGUGUAAGCAGUGGACCAAAAUUGUAAUUAAUGUGCUUUCUAAAAGAUGUAGGAUGAUCAAACACAUGUAUAAUAUUAUGUUUGUUUGUUUUAUGUAUCAAAUAAGAUCAAAGUAAAUAUAUGCUGUUUAAUUAGAA